AUGAGUACCGACCUGGAAGAGCUGUCAGCAGCGUGGCAACAUCGGCUCCUAGAAGAGUUCACUGUUGUCGACGCUGUUUUCAGUCAAGUCGUUGUUUUGGUCCAGGCGGGUGUCCCGGUUGGCUCGCCCGUGUUUCGCCGCCUCAUCGGUCACAUACUAACGACGCUAGACGAAAAUGUCGCACGAAGCCGUGCUUUGCUUUGGAGAGAGGCUGUUUUGAGUGCCCGUCUGAGAGAGCGUGCAAGGAAACCUGUUGUGAGAAGAGAACGCCUGCGACAGCAGUUGAUAUCGGAAGCUUUCAAGAGAGCUCCGAGCACCGAUCACGGCCAGCAGCACAGUGUCUCGCUAGAGUCGUCCUUAAAGUUUGGUUUGAGCCUGCUAGGCUGGCCAGCGGCUGCGGACCACGAAGACGAAGAGAACCGCAAACUGAGCGAACGCUGUACAUACGAACGGAGUACCUACGGAACGCGUUUUUUCGUCUCGCUCCUUCGGGCGCUGCUCAAUUUGGGUUUGGGAAUAGAGCGUCUCAGUGAAAAUACGGAUGCCCUCUCCUUUUAUUUAGCAGAUGUGCCGGUUGAGCCGACGGAGCUCGGCUGGUCGCCGCCAUCGACCUCUUCACCAGAACGAUCACCGAUGCUUUCGAUAUCACCACGACGAUUCAAUGACGGACAUACCGCUGCUCAGUUGGCAGAGCGCAGCCCCGUUAAGGCUAGAAAUGUUUGUAAUGGGGCGGUACGGAGUUGCAAGACUCGCUCUGAAAAUACAGAGCACCCAGCUAUCUUAGGCGCGAAUCGGCUAACGAAAGAGCCUAUGGAUCCGUUGCAGUGGAUCGAUAUUUGUGCGAGUGGUUCCUCCUGGAAGCAGCUCAUAGAGCAGGAGAUGGUGGUGGUAGAACAUAUACCACGGAACGCAUCCAUAUUUCUGGAAUGCUUGCUUGGUCUCAUCGCGAGAGGUGGCGAACACCAAGAGACAUCAGAUGCCCAUGCUUCGGAAACAGAAGCUUCCAAGCAAUGCGCUAGCUUGUCGAGAACGCUGACCGGCGUAACGUCGUUACAGAUUCUUUUCGCUGAAUCUGUCCGCAUGGAGUGUUCGCGGAAAAUGCGCUCUGGUUUCUUCCAAGCGCUCCCAUCACUCCUUCUGCGCGCUUUGGAGCGCAACACCGUCUCGCCUGUUGUGGUGGAUUAUGAGCUGGAGCCGCAGGCCGUUCCCCUGGUAGCGCAUCAUGGCGAAGAAGAAGCGCCUAGCAAUGGCGCUGAGCAGCUGGACGGGUACGAGAAACGACAAUCAUAUCAGGUCGCUGCGCACUCGCUCUCCAAGCAACUGGACGAUGAGCUUAGCGGCUUGUCGGCGCUUCUCGCUGGGGUCCUGGACCUCUGCCUGGCGUUUACGGAUACGCUGGCGACUCAGCACUUGCGCCUUUCUGGGAAGAAAGGUCUGCGCACCUCGUUCUUUGACGAAUCAGCGGCGCUCUUGAUGGAGCGUGGGCACAGCUUUGAAAGUGUCGCGGAGCGUUUCCAGGACGACGUUUCCGCUGCGAAAGACUUCCCAGAAAGCGCCCCAGUGGUGCUCGUACCGCGUUCAGCAUUCGCGGUGCUGAUUUUGUAUCCGGGGAGCGCCUCGCUGAAACUGCACAUUUGUGAUCGUAUCUUGGAUACGUUUUUUGCAGUGGGUACUGCGAAGAUGACCGCAGACUCUUGGCGUUUCAAAGAGCCCUCGAUCGAGAAACUCAUCUGGCAUUCAAUGCGAAUUCGACCGAGGGAUCACGAGGGCCCCAUUCGGAACUCAGACUUUGGAAUGACAGCGACCAUCAUCGCCGAUGCGGGCUCGUCGACACAGGCGGAGACGUCACACACCGACACACUGUGCGUUGGUAUCGUUCCAGAUUCACCAAUUUCGUCAGCCCCGAAACUGUUGGAAGAGUACCUGCUGAGCAUGAUUGGUCUGCUCAACGGUUAUUUGGGAAGCGUUCUUUCCGAACGGGAGGCGAAUAGCGCUUCGCCAAACAUCCGCAACGCUUUUCUGGAGACAUCCUCUUCUUUGGCAGCCUUUCUAGAAGGGUUAAUAUUUAAUCCAAUUUAUGCAUCCUGGAGAUGGCAUAUCACUGAUUUACUUGAGAGUCUGGAGCGCGAACUGUGA